AUGUCCGCCUUUCCUCUCCGCCCCGCUCGCCGCUCAAUGCCCUACAGCGAUGCCAACGUCUAUUUCGACAUCGCCAUCCAUGGUAUCCCGGCAGGCAGAAUUGUCUUCCGCCUCUACGACUCGAUCUGUCCAGCGACUGCCCGUAAUUUUCGAGAGCUCGCCUCGGGCGAACAUGGAUUUGGCUACGCCAAUUCUACCAUCCACCGUAUCAUCCCGGACUUCAUGAUUCAAGGUGGCGAUAUUCAGGGUGGCGAUGGCGCUGGUGGUCGAUCAAUCUAUGGGCCUCGGUUCGCAGAUGAGAACUUCCGUCUCAAGCACGACAAACCAGGCCUUCUAUCAAUGGCAAAUCGAGGCCCAAACUCGAACUCGUCUCAUUUCUUUAUCACCACGGCACCUGCCCCGUGGUGUGACGGCCGCAACGUCGUGUUCGGCGAAGUCGUCGAAGGAAUGGAACUGGUCAGAAAAAUCCAGUCAUAUCAUUCUGACGAUAUCUUGCGUCGGCCGUCUGUCCCAAUAGUCAUUACCUACUCGGGUGUCCUAUAA